UAACACAUGUAAUAAAUUUCAGUUAUCAUGCAAUCUGAACCCAUUAAUUGCUUUUGUUUGAGGAAUCAUUUCUGCAAUAAGUUGCAGCUUCUUGCUUGAGCUGAUCUUCCAGUUUCCUUCCUCGACGGCGACGACGAUCAACGAUUGAAGGACUAAUGGAUGAGGAGGAGAAGAAGAAAGCUACGAAGAGAAUUGACGACGACGUUAGUAGACGGCGAGCGACGUCGUUCUCGAAGAGAAGCAGGAGUUUGGUAAGGAAAGCACACAAGAUCUCUGCCUUCUGCGACGCCGACGUUGCGCUCGUCGCCUUUUCUCCAUCAGGGCUCGCCACCAAGUUUAGCAGCGGAGAAAGAAUUGAAGAUGUUCUCCAGCAGUAUGUUGAUCUACCAGCAUACCAAAGAUACUACAACUUACAGGAUGUUGAGGAGAAGCUGGAGAGGUUAGAGCAGCUUGAUCACAUUAUCGAAGGAGAUGAAAACAAAUCACACUACCUUUCCAAUCAGAUCCACCAUUUGAAGCUGCAGAUCAAGAAAUCAGAAGUAGAGAUUGAAAUCCUCGAUGCCAAUCUCAGUGACUACGAGGUCGAUCCAGAACAGCCCAGCAGCUAUACUCUGCCUCAGCUGUUAUGGUGUGAGAGAAACCUGAACCAGGCGAUGCAGCGGGUCAUCCACAGAAAGAACUUGCUUCUUGGCAACUGCUCAGCAGCUCCUUACAAUGCUCGUCCCUUCAUUCCUCAGAGGAGGGCAGUUCUUGAAAUGGACGGAAGGCCAGAGCUGGAUUCACUAUCCCCUUUCGGUUUUCGUGGAAAUGGGAUCAUCAAUAGGGCAGCCAGCCAGUGUCCGAAUCCCAGCCAGCUGAUAUUAAAACUGGAUCCUUGGAUUAGUCCUUACAGUUCGAAAGUUCGUAACUCGAUGCUUCGCGACAUAAUCAAUGGCUUCCAUCCUGCUGGAAAUGGCACUAGACAAUUUGGGGAAUCCAGCUUCAUUUCCUCUACAUUUCAUUCCUUGGAGAAGAACAUGCCUGAUUUCAAUCUAAGCCCUGGAUUUAUUCCCAUUGCUCAACAUUCAAGGGAUGUUUCAGAAUUAUCAACAGAUCCAUCUCCCCAUCAUCAUCAUCAUCAUCAUGGCAUUCCCUUUGAGGCUGAGAUGGGAAGGGAGGAAGGGUUCUGCAGUACUACAGCCAACCAAGAGAACGAGGAAGAUGGCUUCUUGGAGUGGGAUGGGUUCCCUCUGGCUGAGAAUCUUAACUUGGAUGAUCUUGAUAUCAUAAUAUGAGACAACCACCAAACCUAAAAACAGAUGUUCAUGUACUGAGGUAGGAAAAAUUAUGGGCAGAUGUGAAAUCUCUAUUUAGAAGAAAAAAGGGCAAGGUUUUGAUUCAGGCUCCUUUUGGUUUCUUGCACCUCAAGCAAUUGAAUGCUCAUUCAUUCAUUUACAAAAGUGCAAGUUGAAAAAGUUGGGUUGUGCAACGGUCCAGACCAGAUCUAGGAUUGGACCAUCAUUGCAUCUAGUUUGGUUUGAUUCUUUCAAAUAAUAAUUUGGUUUGGUCUUAAUUUGCAGUAUUUGUAAAAUUUAUGGGGUCAAGAAUCGAACCGCAUUACAUUCGGUUUGGUCUUAAUGUCGGUGCUGUCCAGUACGAGCUAGUGCAUACCAAACCGUUGCACACUCAAUGAAAACUGCGGUUCAAUAGUAAAAAAAAAAAAUUUGGGGCCAAGGAUCAGACUGGUGUUGUAUUCAAUCUGGCUUGGUGUUGUAUUGCAAGGAUGCUAGGGAUAGUCGGCUGGGUGCUAUUCUGGAAGAAGUCUUACAUUUUUUUGUGAUUAGCCCAGGGUUUAGUGUGCGGUUUAUAGGCCGGAGUAGAAAUAGGGUGACCCAUUUGGUGGCUAGAAAAGCCCUCUCCUUGUACCCGACCAUGAGUCGUUUCUUUGAUUUUCGGACCUGGCUGGGUUCCAGGGUGUAACUAUCUUUGUUUUAGUAUCAAUAUAUGAUUAUAUUUUGUAAAAAAAAAAUUCCAAAUAU